GAUUGCAUUAGUAACAUUCGAGACCUGAAACCAGCAACAGCUUAUCUAUAUAAAGGCAGAGUAUUAACAUCACUCUCAUUUAUUUGUUAUUCAAAUCAUUACGGUUGACUGCUUGAAAAUGGAAACUUUUGUUGCAAUUCCUGAAAACUGUGAUUUUCCGAUUUACAAUCUACCUUACGGUGUUUUUUCUACUCAAGGAAAUCCUACCUGCCGGAUAGGAGUUGCAAUAGGGGAAUACGUCCUUGAUCUUGGAGCUGUUAAGGAAUUCUAUCCUACAAAAUACCAUGAUAUUCUCUGUUCGCCAGUUUUAAAUCCUCUUAUGUCUUUAAACUGCGAGGCAUGGGAUGAGAUACGGAAAAUAACCCAAAAUCUUUUGUUGGUUGGGUCUAAGCUUCAUGCCAAUGUUGAACUACAACAGUUAGCUCUGGUGCCAUUAUUCGAUGUGAAAAUGCAUUUACCCGCCAAUAUCGGUGAUUACACAGAUUUUUAUUCAUCUAUACACCAUGCUACCAACGUCGGGGUCAUGUUUCGUGGCAAAGAUAAUGCCCUUAUGCCGAAUUGGAAACACCUACCUGUAGGAUACCACGGCAGGGCAAGUUCGGUAGUGAUUUCUGGAACGCCUAUUCGAAGACCUCUCGGACAAACACUACCUGUCGAUGGUGCUGACCCAGUAUUUGGACCAUGCCGUUUGUUCGACUUCGAACUCGAAAUGGCAUUUUUCGUUGGAGGCCCCCCAACUGAACUCGGGGAAGGAGUUACCGUAGAUGAUGCUGUUAAACGAGUAUUUGGAUUCGUACUGAUGAACGAUUGGAGUGCUCGUGAUAUUCAGAAAUGGGAAUAUGUCCCGCUCGGGCCCUUUACAGCCAAAAAUCUCGGAACUACUAUUUCCCCAUGGGUUGUUCCAGUAGCCGCACUGGAACCGUUCAAAGUAGAUAACUUUCCACAGGAACCUGAACCGUUUGCAUAUUUAAAUCACAAGCAAAAAUUCAACUUCGACAUAAAACUGGAAGUGGAUAUCAAACCUGCUAAUGGUGUUGCGACGACGGUAUGUCGUUCUAACUACCGGAACCUGUACUGGACAGCAUUGCAGCAGAUUGCUCACCACACGGUAACCGGCUGCAAUAUCAGACCAGGUGACCUCAUGGCGUCGGGAACCAUAAGUGGGGAUGCAUCCGAUGCAUUUGGGUCUAUGCUGGAACUAAGCUGGAAAGGUACAAGAGCAAUCAACCUGUUAGGAGGAGAAACUAGAAAAUUUCUGCAAGACCAUGAUGAAGUUGUAAUUCGUGGCUUUUGUCGUGAAAAUAAUUUGCGGAUUGGAUUCGGUUCAUGUAGCGGAGUUGUGCUGCCAGCCAAAUUAAUGCAGUGAAUGUUUUUUUUGCUAUGUGCACGUUCAAAGUAUGUCAGUGUAAUUUUAAUAGAAAUCGCCAUCUAUUUUUAUAAUGAUAAAUUCGUAAAAAAAACUCAUGCAGUUUUUCAUUGUAAAAUAACGUUUAUGCACUGAAACUUUGGAAUUAUACAAACAAUCGUAUACUGUAACAUAUUCAAGAAAAAAAAGCAUUCGUUGGCCGUUACACAAGAAAAAUAAUAACAGAUUUUUUCAGA